UGACAAGCCACCGCACCAUACCGCAGACCGCCCACUGCCCACUUGAUCAAACAACUUUUCCUUUCUAUAAUAUCCAAGCGGAUUACCCAGUCGACGUCGAGUUAAGUCAAGUCGCGGUGGCUGUGGAACGCUAGGCGGUGUUCAUUUGUUGCAGUUGUCAAACGGGCCCAAAAAGCGAUGUGUCCGCCAUUGUUCAACUCCUAUCGAGGUGGUUUUUAGCGAAAAUAAUUCUAUUUAGGGGGAUAAGUGUCGAAUAAUUGACGCGGGUGCGAUAAAAAUUGUAUACAUGUGAUAAGUACACCAAUCAAUUCGGUUAGGUAUAAAAAUCGUUCGUGGGACACUAAUAGAAUCUUAAGAUGGCGCGACACAACUUCACACAUUUAUUAGGCAUGGUGCCAAGCAUACUUCUGAUUUUGACAAUUUCCACAGCCAUGUCUGCCAAUCUUCCGUCGUCAACGAGUACACCUGAAGUAGCUUCAGAUGUUCGAGUUCAAUGUAACAACGACGAAAUUGUAGUCAGCAUCGCCACUUCAUCAGGCAAAUUCAACGGAAUGAUAUAUCCCAGAGGAUUGUCCAAGAACAGUACCUGCCUGGGGGAAUGGAUCCAAAAGAAGGCUCCGGUUGAGUACACUCUGCCUCUUAGGGGUUGCAAUACCAUGAGUACAGAAAUGGAUGACGGAGCUAUCGAAUACUAUAACACUAUUGUAGUUCAGCCUCAUCUCAAACUUGUCACCAACCAAGGUCGAGGAUUUCACAUUAGAUGUCGCUACAAUACGAGAAAUAAUACCGUCAUGAACGAUUCGCUCAAAGUCGAUUUGAUGUCAGCUGAUCCCAUAACGGCUCUAUCCCCGAUGCCAGGCUGUAGCAUGCGGAUAUUCUCGGGCGAUCCAACCAAAAAAGAAGUAGCCGAGAACGUUAAAAUCGGCGACCCGCUUACCUUGGUGGUGACGCUAGACGAACAAGACAUCUACGGUAUAAGAGUGACGGAUUGCUUGGUCAGAGAUGGUUUGGGAUGGGGCGAACAGAAACUUAUCAACGACGAUGGGUGUCCCACCGAUCCAGAGAUUAUGGGUAUGUUUCGAUAUUCCGAGGAUAAGACGCAUGCUUCGGUCCAGUUCCAGGCUCACAAAUUUCCUUACACCGCCUCUGUGUAUUAUCAGUGUAACGUUAAACUGUGUUUGAAGGCUGAUAAGAGUUGUGAUGUGGAACCAACAUGCUGGGGUACGAACAGGGUCCGUCGCCAAGCAACGGACUCUUCUAGCGAAGGCACUCCAGCCACGAUAGAGGUAUUCAGCGGCCUCUACGUCAACGAAGCUAAUGAUUUGGCCAAGGUGGGAGAAGAGGACGAUUCUGUUUUCAGCGAAAAAACUUCAGACAGCAUCUGCAUUUCUCAAAAGAGCUUCGCAAUCGGAAUCUGCAUAGCGGGAUUGAUACUGAUGUUGUGCGUCGUGGCGGCCAUCUUGUUCCUUCUAGCAAAGAGAAGGAAGAAGACUACAUCACAUUCUAAUAGUUCGAUUUACAGCGGACCGUAUACUAAUACAGCUUAUAGCCAUACUAGUUGAACCAAUUUCAAAUAGAUCGAUAAGCAAUCGAUGUUUGUACGUUGUCAUUUAGAAACUUCGAUUGCGAAUACAUGUAUAACUGUCAAGAAAUUUUUUAGACUGCCAUAUAACGGAUCCGGAAUUUUUAAGACGAUAGCUCAAGGUGCCAUACACUUGGCUAACUGCUCACAUGUUUCGUUUUUUAAACUCUUAAUUUUAUAAUUCUCGAAUUUUUGGGGUCUUGAUGAAUAGAAAAUAGUGCUGAAGAAGUAUAUCUACUAAUAUUUCAUAUAUAAAAAAAAAUCAAAAUAUAGUUUUCCUGGGCUAACAUUUUUGAAAAAUGAAAAUUAUAUUUUUAAAAUGGACUCUAGGGGAAAUUAGUUUUAGUUCAAUUUUUCGUUUAAAAAAAUAUAGUUGAAGGAAAAAGCAAAACAUGAAACUUAAUUGAAAAUAAAAUGAAACCCAAAAAAAUACACAAAUACCACAGAUGUGUCAAAAAUAAACAAAAAAAUAAAAAAUGUACAAAUAAUAAAUCUGGGGCAAUAUAGAAAAUAAAAAUUGGAAACAAUUUUUAUAAUAAUACACUAACUGUGUAUCCCACACACUAAAUGUGUAUCCCAAUGGCCACUGAGAAAAAUAGUCCAGGAAAAUUAACUCGAAAAUAUUUACAUUUAUACUAAAAACAGUACAACUCAAAAUAGUCCAGGACAAUAUUUUGAAUUUAAUCGAAUAUUAGUAGGUAUUAA